GGGCCAUUUUUGAUGUGGUAGUUUGCCAAAUUUAAAAACUUUUUACCAAGGAGAUUUUGAGUUAUUGGGUAAUUUAGAGCUACAGUAAUAAUAAUAAAUAUAGCUGCAAGCAGCGAUACCGGGGUCAAGACAAUUAUUGGGACCAUGAGCAGCAAAAGAAGCUUUGUGACAGUGUAUGAGUUAGAAAAAGUAACCUUUCAAUCAUAAAAAGCCCCAUUUAUUUUAAAAAAUAAAUAAAAAUAGCUAGUAGUUAGAAUUUUUGUCCAGUAUGUGGUGCUGUUCUGAAACUGCUCAGGUAGUAUCUGGGCAUGAUGGUUAUCAUGCAGGAAAGCAUUCAAGAGUUAUAAGCCAAAAUAGCCAUUUUUGCUAUCUCCUGACCAGUAGGGGUCAGAGUGCCAAAACGCUGAAGGUAACCUCAGGGCCUAAUGGUGAUGACACGUACCAAGUUUCGUCCCAAUCCCUCAAAGCGUUAAGGAGAUACAGCCUCAAGUUCAAUUUUGCGCAUUCUUCUGCGAAUUCGUUGAAGCGCCAUUUGAAAACGGUAUGGUUUAUCAAAAUUCUGUGAAUAACGUUUUGUCGUGAGUGCCUAGAUGAUGCAGACCAAUUUUUGUGCAAAUCGGACAAACAGUCUAGGAGUUCAAAAAAGUGCGUUUUCAAAACAUUUACAAAUGGCAGACAGGAAGUUUGCUUGAUCAUGACGUAAUUGGUAUCAUUGUUCUCUGCAUGAACCACGGAAUUUAUCAAGACCAGUCUUAUGACAGUAGGCAAAAGGAGUCAAUAGUUAUUCGCAUUUUUAGAAAUAGCAUUAUAAAUUUUGACCACAAGGUGGCGCUGUCCUGAAACGUUUUGAGUCCCUUCAGAGCAUGGUGCCAAAGACACCUACCAAGUUUUGUAACGAUACACCAAGUUGUUUGUAAAAUACAGCAUUUUAUGACAAUUCAAAAUGGCCGACAUAGAAAUUUUUCAUAUCGUUGGACUCGCUAUACCCCACUGAAUUUAAUGAGACCAAUUUGAUGAUUUUAUGACAAACUGUUCAGAAGUUAUAAGCAAAAAUGAGCUUUUUUCAUAUCUCGUGACCACUAGGUGGCACUGUUCCGAAACUGAGCAGGCACCCUCGAGUCAUAGUGCCUGUGAAAAAUAAUAAGUUCGGUAUGAAUAUGCUAAAGCAUUAUGGAGAUAUACCCUCACAUCCAUUUUGGCAUGCUCUUCGUCGAAUUCAUUGAAGCGCCAUUCGAAAACGGUAUGGUUUAUCAAAAUUCUAGAUGAUGCAGGCCAAUUUUCGUGCAAAUCGGACAAAUGGCCUAGGAUGAGUUAGAAAAAGUAGGUUUUUCAGAAAAUGUAUAAUGGCCGAUGUCCAAAAUGGCUGACAGGAAUUUUUGGGCUUGCUAUACCCCACUGAAUCUAAUGAGACCAAUUUGAUGAUUUUAUGACAAACUUUUCAGAAGUUAUAAGCAAAAAUGUGCUUUUUUCAUGUCUUGUGACCAGUAGGGUGCAGUGCGCCAAAACGCUGCACGUAACCUCAGGGCCUAAUGGUGAUGACACGUACCAAGUUUUGUCCCAAUCCCUCAAAGCGUUGCAGAGAUACAGCCUCAAAUUCAAUUCGUUGAAGCGCCAUUCGAAAACAGUAUGGUUUAUCAAAAUUCUGUGAAUAACAUUUUGUCAUGAGUGCCUCUAGAUGAUGCAGGCCAAUUUUCGUGCAAAUCAGACAAACAGCCUAGGACGAGAUCGAAAAAGUAGGUUUUUCAGAAAAUUCAAAAAGACAGAAAAAUGUUCAUGAUGGAAAAUGACAUCAUAGGGUGCAAUUGAAUCGUCUGGAGCCAAGGAAUCAGAGGAAAAAUAAUUUCGUUUCUAGGAUUCAAAAGUUAUUAACAUAAACGUGAGUGCAAAUUUGGGCAGUUGGUGGUGCUAGAGGGUUUGAGGUAGAGAUGCCAAAUUUGCUGUGGUAACACAUCAGACUGUCCUCUAUCUGUGUGCCAAAUUUUAUAACUUUCCCGCAAGCAGUUCUAUGGGCUGCCAUAGACUUGAGCGAAAGAAGAAGAAAACUAACGAAAACAAUAGGGGUCUUUUGCCCCAUCAAGGCUUGACCCCUAAUAAUAAGAAUACUAACAAAAACAAUAGGUUUCCUCCUGCCGGAGGAAUCCUAAUAAGGUUUUACAAAGCCUAUACACAUUUUCUUGUUGUGGUUGUGACAUAUUUGGAUAAAAUAUAGGUGGUUUAAGUAUGAAGAAAACAAGAUAUUUUGUUCAAACAGCAAUGUUUUUUGUUACUUGCAAAAGUCUGCGCCUAUUAAAUAAAUCAUUCUGUCUUAUGACUUAUGAAAUUCAUGUUACAUCUAGAAAAUAAAGGAUUAUGGUUAAGAGUCUAAAGGAAAACCUUACAUUCAAUUAAACAGCGUUACAGUACUGGUUAAAGAUGUAGUUGUGUUGGUUGUCAAAUAUCUAGUAGGUUGCAUUUCACUUACUGCAAGUUUAUGAAACUAUAGUACUUUGCCUCAUAGGAUUCCACGUAGAAACCAGAAAAAACAAACAAACAAAUAAAGUCCAUCACUGGUGACUUGUGUUACUUGGUGCCGUUUCUAGAAGUGGGCAAAGGGUCGGUCCUGUUUUUCUGUAUUUUAAAUCAAUGUGAGGUGUUAAGGCAAGGUCAUUCAAGAAUUGCAAGGAUGCUGUGGAUAAACUGUGAUGCUUAUUUGAUUUGGCUGCACACUUUGAUUCUUGUCUAGUUACAGAGGGCAGAAAAGGUACAUAAAAUACCUCCGACUGGUCAUUUUUGCACACAAAAUAAUAGGGCCAUCCCUGAAAAUGUUUCAGGAACACACAGAACAGACAGUACAACAUAUUUCAUGUAAACGUUCAAUGCAUUUCAUAUGAAUUCAUUACUCAAAGCACUAUGCCCCUGUAUAUUGGGCGCCCUUGUAAUAUUUGAUCCCAGUGCCAUUAAAGCAUAAAAUCAUGAAUUCUAUGCUAUUAUGCUUUCAUUCCGGAGCCCUGGCUUCAAAAUUUACAUUUUUAAUAUUUUCCACCAUAUGGAGCCAUUUUUCUCAUUUUUAGCCUAUGGAGCAAAUACAAGCUUUUCCCCUAUUCUCUGUUUGCUGUAUUAUAGAGCACUGCAGGCCAACUGAAUAAAUGAUGCAGAUAAAAUUGUGUGGGUGUGUUGGUAUGGAUGUCAGAGUGUGCUUUGUAUGUGUGUAUUGAGAAGUGUGUGUGUGUGUGUGUGUGUGUGUGUGUGUGUGUAGAGAGAGAGAGAGAGAGAGAGAAACAACAGUGGCAUUAUAUAAACAAACUGGCAUUUAAAGGGUUAAAAUCCUGAAAAUGAAUGAAUAUUUGGUAGUUAUGAUCAGGACUGAUGCUGGUUAAAAAAAUAACUAAUUGAAAGUGGAAAAUAAUAUUAAUAUAUAAUAUUAUUAUGGCAGUUUUUUGACGCAGACAUUUUUGUCCUCAAAGGACCUCUGAGUAACAUUUUUUUAAAUUGACACAAGGGUUAAGAACACCAUUAACAAUAGUUUUGCCAAUUUUAGAUUUAAAAUAAUUUUAAAUAUCACAUUAGGCAAAUUGUUCCGAUUUUGUUAACAACAUUGUUCCAGUUGGGUGAUCUACCAAAGCCUUGCGAAUCGGUUCGAUCGAGUCAUUAAGAAGAGAUCAGUUCAAGACGUCAUUAAAAUCCCCGUGACGUCAUUGCUGUGACUUCGCUGAAAUGAUGAUGGGACGCCCCGGUUAGUCCGUCCACCAGACGAUGGAGAGUACAACGCAAAGCCUCGUCCGUCACCGCAAGGAUUUUAUUGUGCAUUUUACGGCGUGGAUGUGUUAUGUUUUCAUCUUGCGCGCGCCCGCUGUGUCCAGUGCUCUCGCGCGUCAGUGCGAUGAGGCGGACUACUAUUAUCAGUACACUGAGUGUGACAGCACAGGAUCCAGAUGGAGGGUGGCCAUUCCUCUGAACCCUGGAGAGUGUACUGGACUACCAGUCCCUGUGCAGGGCACCGAGUGCACAUUCACGUGUGAAGCGGGGGAGUUUCUAGAGAUGUCUGCUCAGGAGUGCACUCAGUGUGCGGCUGGCACUUACUCCCUGGGCAGUGGAUUGCGUUUUGAUGAGUGGGACGACAUCCCGCCCGGAUUCAGCAACCUAGCCGCAAACCCUGAUAACUCCCCUAUUGGACAGAAUGCGUCCGCCUGCAGCAGUGCAAAGUGGAUUGCACAGGGUUCGUAUCUGGAGUCCAACAGGGAUGAGUGUACAGUGUCUCUGGUCUACACUGUGCACUUAAAAAAAACGGGCUCGGUGUCUUUCGAAUAUCAGUAUAUGGACAGCAGCAUCCUCUUUGAGUUCUAUAUUCAGAAUGACCAGUGUCAAGAGAUGGACCAGGAUUCAAAUAAAAAAUGGAUCAAAUUGACAAGUAAUGGCGAGUGGGGAACACAUAGUGUGUAUCUGAAUUCUGGCACUAACAUCCUGUACUGGAGGACUACCAGAGUAACACUGGGAGCUAAAGCUGUCAAACCCGUGUUCUUGAGGAGCAUCCGGAUAGAAGGUGUGGCAUACACAUCAGAAUGUUUCCAAUGCAAGCCCGGGACUUUCAGUCAUACCCCUGGUUCAUCCUCCUGUGAGCCCUGUCCACAGGACACCUACUCCGGUCGUGGGGCCAGCUCAUGUACACCGUGCAAUACAAAAACACACUAUGCUUCUGAAGGUUCUGCCAUGUGUAGGAGAAGACCUCCAUGCUCAAAGAAAGACUACAUCCAGACCUACAGCACCUGUGAUAAGAAGGGCAAGACUCAGGUCAUAUAUACGUGGGUAGAGCCUCAGAUUUGUUUGGAAGAUGCUCUGGGUGCUGUAAAACUGCCACCUUCUGGUCAGCGUAAGCCAUGUCCUCCAUGUAACCCCGGAUUCUAUAACAACGACAAGGCUACCUGUUCUCCCUGCCCACCUGGGACCUUCUCUGACGGGGUUAAAGCAUGCCAGCCUUGCCCAGCUGGCACAGAGCCUGUCCUCGGAUACGAGUACAAAUGGUGGAACGUGCUGCCUGCGAAUAUGAAGACGUCCUGCUUCAAUGUGGGCAAUAACAAGUGCAAUAGUUUAAAUGGUUGGGAGGUGGCGGGUGAUCACGUUCACUCAGGAACGGGUCGUUCAGAUAAUGAUUAUCUCAUUUUAACCCUCCGAGUGCCUGGAUUCAAGUUGCCCGUGUCAUUGCAUGCAACGUCUGGCAGCGAGUACAGCCGCAUCACUUUUGAGUUUGAAACCAUCUGCUCAGCUGACUGCGAGUUCUACUUCAUGGCGGAUGUGAACAGAAGGAGCACGGGUGUAGUUGAAUCAUGGGAAGGAAGUAAAACAAGGCAGAGCUAUACACACAUUAUGAAUGAAAACUCAACUGUUGAUUUGACCUGGGCCUUCCAACGCACCAGUCAGGCCAAAGAUGUACGUCAGUAUGUAAACGACAUGGUGAAGAUCUACUCCAUUGUUGUCACUAAUGCCAUGGACGGGGUGGCGUUGGCGUGCCGGACGUGCGCGCUGCAGUCUCAGAAGUCCGGCUCUUCCUGUGUGCCCUGUCCCGCUGACCACUACAUUGAUAAAGAGACCAACCAGUGCCAAGAGUGCCCGCCUGACACCAUCCUCUCUGGACACCCAAUCUAUGGCAGAGAAUCGUGCCAACCAUGUGGGCCGGGAAGCAAAAGCAACAAGGAGCACAAUGUGUGUUUUAGUGACUGUUCAUUCACAUACAUUGACCAGAAUCGGACUCUUCGGUACGACUUCAGCGCUCUGUCCUCCGCCAGGUCCAUCAUGAAUGGGCCGAGCUUCACUGCAAAAGGCACAAUGUACUACCACCUAUUCAAUAUCAGCCUGUGUGGAGCAGAGGGUCGCAAGGCAGCAGUCUGCAGAGAUAACGUCACAGAUCUGUCCAGUGAGGAUGUUGAUGGUGGUCAGCUGGGCACUUCAGUGGAGGCUUUUAUCUGUCAAUCAACAGUUAUCCCUUCAGAUGGCCGGGGCUUAAAAACAGCCCUCUCUUCUCAGUCCAUUAGCCUGGCAGACACAUUUCAAGGAGCAACAGUGGAGAAAUCACUCAACGGAAUAACCACCAGACCAGAACUCUUUCCAUCUCCAUCCGAGAGAAUUCCAGACAUUCACUUCUUCUAUCGUUCUCCUCAGGUCACAACCUCAUGUCCGAGAGGUAGAAAUGCAGUGGUUUCACUGCGCUGUAAUCCUGAAAAAACUGCGAGGGGAGACAUAUCUGUACCCAGUGAGUGUCCAGCAGGGACAUGUGAUGGCUGCACAUUCUACUUCCUGUGGGAGAGCUCCAGUGCCUGUCCACGCUGUACUGAUGCUCACUACCACGCCAUAGAAGGAGCCUGUAAAGGAGGAGUGCAGGACACAGUUUACGUGUGGACUGAACCUCGCUGGUGUACUGGCGGUCUCUCUCUCCCACUGAAGAGAACUUCUCCAUGUGAGACGAUAGAUUUCUGGCUAAAAGUGGGAGCUGGGCUUGGAGCGCUCUGUGCCGUUUUACUCGUCUCUCUAACCUGCUACUUCUGGAAGAAGAACAGGAAGCUGGAGUACAAGUAUUCUAAGCUUGUGAUGUCAGCCAAUAAGGAGUGCGAGUUGCCGGUGGCAGACAGCUGUGCCAUUAUGGAAGGAGAGGGCGAGGAGAACGAGGAAGAGGAAGUGGUUUAUCACAACAACUCUUCUCUUCUGGCUAAGCUAAAGGCUAUUGCCACCAAGGGCAACAACAAGAGCGCUGAAGCCAUCCAAAUGCAAUUCUCCCAUACGGAGAAGUCUGUGUGGGGAUAGAGGAAGAGGAAACAGGGAUAUGGAAAAAACGGAAGUCCUUUCCUGUUGGAUAUGACGCGCAGUGGCCUUAAGACAACAAGGGUGGAAGUUUUGCCUCAGGAAAUGCAAACAAAUACUCAUUGAAUAUUUCUGUCAUGUUUGUCUUCAGUGCGUUUUUUUUAUGUUGUUGUUUGUUUUAUAAAUGUUGUAAGUGUGGACAGGUUUCUCGGUAAGCUUUACAGAAUGACAGCCGCGACUUUACACGAGUCCUACUUGUCAGAGCAAAUGUAGCCAAGGGUCUUGCUAAACACACAAAUGCACAGAGACAUUAAGCUUUACUCUUCUAAUCCCAACUAAACAGCACUCGAAGGCCAUGUAAAGUGUGUUGCGUUCAAGCAUGACCAAAAUAGACUUUUUUCCCCUUUCCUUUUUGGCUCAAUUAAACCACUUGACUGUGUGACGGUGACGUUCCAAAUGAAAUAUGACAUGAGAUGAAUAAAGUCUGUGGGUAAAGAGAUUACAGAGAAGCUGGAGUCAGUUUUGUUCUAUGGUUUUUCAACAUAGCUCUGUGUCGUUCUGUUUGACUUUAGUUCUAAAACAAAUAGGAGAAAAACAGUUUUUCUGCAAACUGAACUGGUGAAACAUUUGCUAGAUUUGCCACCUCAUUAAGAGCAUAAAGAACUGCUGGUGGGGUUUUAUUCAUGGAAUUUUAAGACCCAUCAACAUUAAAUCUGCUGCAGGAAAAGGUCUGUUGAGACCCUUAUCGAUUCUGGAUUGAGGCAUUAAACUGUCUGUUCUGAAGUUUUGUAUGUUGGCAAUAUUAUGCAUAUCAGUAAUUUGUGAUUUUUUCUCCAUUUUUGUAUGCUUAAUGAAAUGAACCUGCAAUUGUGUUCAACUGAUGUCAAUUCUGUUCGGAAGCUCAUGAUAUUGUUUGAUUUUGAUUUAAUGCACAUUAAACGAUUUUGCACAAUCAAA